AUGGUAUUAAAAACUAAGAAGCUUCACAAUAACACAAAAGAGACUACUAAUGAUCACGAUUUAGAAAAUCUGAAUGAUGAUCUGGAUAGAAAACAAAGAAAAGUAUUUCAUAUGGCAUUGAAGUAUUUUGAAAGCAACAGAGAUUUCUCUCUACUCUCAUUUGUCAAAUACAUAAUGAAAAAAAUAAGACUACUUAUAGUGAAAAGCUUACAAGGAAAGUAUACUCAAGUAUCUCAACUUGGUUAUCUUAACUUGGUUACAGGAGGUGAACCACUUAUGUCAAGUGCAGCUAAAUUGUAA